GAGCUGAAGAGCUGAAAUGUAUAAAGGUAGUACUGGGGCAUUGCUAUGGGAAGUAACACCUUACUCGUGGCGCUUUCCUCCCUGUAAGUUCAGUUCACGGCUCAAAGAUCCUCUAGUUUUCGCACUCAUCAUCAUCGCCUCAACACUUUUAUAGGAACAGUCAGGAUGCUCUGGCGCUCACUCAUGCAUAAAGAAUCGGAAAUCACUUGCUCCGAUGACAUAGGAAGAACGAAAACACACGGUCAAGAGCAGAGAUACCUCAGUCCUACUACUGGACUUUGCCGAAAGCUCAUAGUGCAAGCCGUCACACCCUCUGGGAAAUUUGAAGUUCCCAUCAAGGAUGAAACCAGCGAGGCCUGCAAACUCGCUAUAUGGCUGCUAACCCAUUGCCCCGUAAGGGGAUGGAUUUUUUUCAAGUGGAUCAGAAAAUUCUUCUGGCUUUCACUGAAGCUAUUAAUUCCAAUUAUCUGGUUUCUCGUGGAACUUUACUUCAACAGUGGUAACUCUGGGGAUGAUGCAGAGUCAUCGUAUAACACAGGAUACUACAGACCUUAUCUUCGCCGGUUUCAGGGACAGCUAUGGGCAGCUCGUUCUCGCAGAGAGCAUUCAUCACGCCUCAAAGGUGAACCUGAGAUGAUGACCCGUACGCAUGCUUGUUACCCUCGAACUCUCAUGAUCCGCAGCCCAAAUCGGACCGAGUGGGUCAGAUGCACAGAUCGCGAUGCGAUCAUCCACAGUAAAUACAUCGCCAUCUCUUACCGCGCCGACGAUGUCUACCCUCAAGGCUCUGAUCAGAAGGAAAAGAUGGCACAGUUUAUAGACGACGUUCGUGCAGCGGUGCUCAGACAGCAAUUCGAUGCCUACUGGCUCGACCUGGAGUGUUUAGGGAAGACUGAGUCAGAGAAGAAUCUGGAUGUGUAUUGCAUGGCGGACGUCUACCGUAGAGCGGAGACGACGUUGAUCAUGCUCGGGAGAUCUGAAGAUGGAGAGAGGAAGUGCUGGAGCAGCUGGGGUGGACGGAUAUGGACUUUUCCAGAAGCUCUCCUGAGCUCUCGACUUUGUUACAAAUUCCGGGAUCGGGAAGAGAUCAAUUCGUUGUCGUUGUUUCAGCUGGCUAACCUGGCCUAUUCGGACUCCGAAGAUGAACAAGCAGUCAUCAAUGCAUAUGGUAAUGGGAAGGAUCCGCUGGAGCGGCUGGAGCGUUUGGCACUUUUGAAAAAAGCUAUUUGGCGACGCGCUAUGGCACGCCUGCCAAAGCCUUCUGGCCCUCCACCACCCCCAAAGCCAUAUAUGAUAGGUCGAGGGCCUAUCACCGGAGGGGGGUAUACGCCACACAAGGCGGAGCGAGUUUAUGCGCUCAUGGGCUUUUUUGAGCACCGCAUUCAGCCGACCCGCCAGGAAGAUGAGUUCCAUGCACUCGCGAGGUUGUCAAUGGCCAACGAUAAUGACCGUAUCACUGAGCGCAUGGUGUCCAUGUUUCCCUUAACCACCACCCAAGGGACGGGCUGGUACGCCGACGAUGAUAUUUACCAUGCGAAUCUUUGGGACAUUCUUCCGGAGAUCCAAGUCGCUGGUGUGACAGAGAAGGGAGCUCUCGUCUUGGAUGGCUGUCGGGCAGCAGCCAUCAGAUGGAAGAACUUCCCAGAUGUUGUAUUUGCGAAUACAUAUUCGCUGACGAGGACAUUUUUCGGUUCCAUACCGUAUUUUUCCUGGCCAUGCAUUGUCGUCGGGAUAGCGCUAGAGGCGGCGGAGUUCAGAGUAGGAGGCUUCGUGUUCAUUGCCGUUGGACUCCUCCUCCUUUUCCUUUCCCCUCUACUACUUGUCUUUGGUAGAUCUGGGCGUAUCGUCACCGCGCAACCGUGGUUGAUCGGGGUCAAAGGAGUGAUUGACAGAAAAACGGCAGAGAGUCACUUAUAUGGGGGUACAGUCGCACACUUCCCAAAGAUAGCACACCUCCCAACGAUGCUUCUCACCCCAAGCGGUUCACCGUUGUCAAUCCCGGAACAACUUGCGAGACGGAAAGGUUCAGACAAACAAUACGAGGAUGCGAAGGAAGAAGCGAAGAGUGGACCGGGACAUAUGUACACGCUCGUCGACACAUACUCGUCGACCAUGUACUAUUUCCGUGCUGAGCGACCGCCAACAGUGUGCAUAUUCGCAGGACGGGAGGGAGGGCUUGGGAGGUUUGUGCUUUGUUCGGAGAACUGCAAGGAGAAUGAACUGCGUAAGGAGAUGGUGUUGCGGAUGCCCACGGAGAUCAGUCAAAGGAUGGAACUGUGUGGUUGGGUCGCGCUUGGAUGAGAUCGAUUUGUAGACGGCCUGGGGCCAUUUGAAGGAAACACACUUCUUGAUAUCUCACUAUGUACCUUGCUUAGAGUACGAUAUGCUUUACUGGGAGACCUGCGUCUUUAUAUGCGUGUAAUGGAU